UUCAUACCUGCUUCCCGCCCUCUUGGUGACGUAUUCAUACCACGCCCAUAUUACAGGGUCCAGAGACCGAUUCCGCCCUCUUAGUGACGUCACUCAAAAUUGUACAACUUAAAAAUAGUAGUUUAGUAAAACUCCCAAUUUUGAGCAAUACGACCUAAUACUUAAAACAUUGAAUACAACAUUAAAAGCGAGCUAAUGAUCUUCGAUUGCCUCAUUGCUUAUGUGUUUGUAGGUACGCCAAAAUAUUUUAAUAUGGGGAAGAUCUUUAUUUGUUUCCACUUCACAAAAUGCAUAUUACUUAAUAGAGCAUCUUAUUUUUAUUAAAGGGGGAUAAUUUACAGUACCUGAGGUUUUGAAUAAAUGUAUGUACGUCAUCGACUUCAUGUACUACAUGAAUGGAAGCUCUCGCGAGUCCGUGAUCCAGCGAACGCAUGUCCACAGCAGAUUCAACAAACCCGGAAAUGUGUUCCACAACAUUGUCCAAGAGAUAUCAACUCUAGCGUCGCUGUGAUAUAGUGCUUCCAAAGACGCUACCUUCAAUAAACCGGGCAAUGUCUCAACGGGAACUGAAGGAGGCGUUUAUCAGCAACCUCAACGGGACCAGUCUGGGAGAAGUGGCAUUGGGCUCAUUCCUUACCCCGUUGUGCUUUAUCAACAGAGGACUCGUCUGGAUUUUGUAUUAUCAGGCAAAAGGAACUGUCCCUUUGCCGUUUCCAUGGAUUUCUCACUUUGUACUAGACUUUUGCAUGAUUGUAGCUCCACUUGUACUGUCAUGCACCAUGUUAAGUGACAUUCUGCACUUGGUCAUCCUGGCUUUGGCCUUGGUGUCAGGCGCUUUCCAGUGGUAUGUCUACCACGCCAAGGGCAAUCCUGCUGCCGUACAUCCACAAACCGUCACCAGCAAGAACUUCCUCAAGAGCCACGUUCAGUCCGGCCGGGUUCCCAUGGUUACUGUCUUUAGGGUUCUUGUGAACAUUAAAACUGCUAUAAGCAUUUUAGCCGUGGAUUUUAAUGUGUUCCCAAGGAGAUAUGCUAAAACUGAAUUGUACGGUACAGGGGUCAUGGACUUUGGCGUAGGGGCAUACGUCUUUGCGAAUGCCCUUGUUUCUCCAGAGGCCCGGGGUAGGACCAUAGUUGGAUCAAAGAUGAAUCACAUCGCCAAGCAGUUGAUGACUGUUUGGCCCCUACUAGGCCUCGGUUUGAUAAGACUAGCCAGUGUCAAAAUGACCGGAUAUCAUGAGCAUGUGACAGAGUAUGGGGUUCAUUGGAAUUUCUUCUUCACCCUAGCCAUAGUUCGAGUCGUGGCGUCCUUGCUCUUGGCUCUCUUUCCAGUCGGUCACUCUUGGAUCUUUGCCGUCCUGCUGGGUGGUCUCUACCAGUCGGCUCUCGAGACAACAGGUCUGAAAUCCUUUCUGCUCCACAACAAUGACAGGACCGUCGACUUUGUGCACGCCAACAAAGAGGGCCUGUUUUCCGUCCCGGGCUACAUCGCGAUAUACAUGGCGGGAGUUCAAGUCGGCCUCUAUCUCAUGAAGCCAAGGACCUUGGUGAGGGAUUAUUUCAGAGUGAUUUUUAACUUCCUGUGGGGAAGUGGUGUGCUGUAUGGCGGUUUGUUCCUCUGCCAGGCGACCGUUGAGCCAGUGUCCCGGCGGUUGGCAAACUUGUCUUUCUGCCUCUGGAUUGUGGCUCAGUGUACGUUCUUCCUUGCGUGCCUGGCCUUGGGCGAUAUGGCAUUACUAAUGCUUCAGAGGAAAUCACACUGUUACCUGGUGCCGUCGGCAUGGAACCCUCACGAAAAGGACAAAGAUUCAGUCGCAGAGGGAAAAAGGAGGAGUAUGGAUAGAUUUUGUCUCUAUCAGGCGAUAAACCGGAAUCAGUUGUUGUUUUUCUUGAUCGCGAAUGUAACGACCGGCUUGACUAACAUUUUGGUGGACACGUUUAGCACCAGUGAUUAUGUCUCGGUGUCUGUCUUGCUGGCCUACAUGUUUAUUAAUUGUGGUGCUGUACAUAUUCUACAUUUGUUUAAAAUAACUGUAAAAUUCUGGUGAUUUUCCUUUGGUAACUUAUUUUCCACUUUGCUGAACCAAAAUAUGUGGCUGGGGCUUCAACACUAUAUAUGUUAUUAUACAUGUUUUUUUUGCAAAUGGUGUAACAAAGCGUGCGUGUGUGCGUGUGUGUGUGUGUGUGUGUGUGUGUGUGUGUGUGUGUGUGUGUGUGUGUGUGUGUGUGUGUGUGUGUGUGUGUGUGUGUGUGUGUGUGUGUGUGUGUGUGUGUGUGUGUGUGUGUGUGUGUGUGUGAGAGAGAGAGAGGGAUAUCAAGGGCCAAAUGUAGCAUAUUCAUCAAAGCUACACUUACAACCUAUUGUAACUGGAUUUGCACUGGAUAAUCAGUUUUCAUUCUGUAAAUUAAUAUUUUUUUAAAUGUUGGUUAGCCUUUAUAGCAUGAUGUACAUGGAUAUCUAUUGGGAUUAUGCAUUGUGUUGAAUGAACAGUAAAUAAAGUCUUUAUUUAAAAUGAAAUUA